AUGCCCGAAUACAAACUGGUCUACUUCAACAGCCGUGGCCUGGGGGAACUCAUCCGCUGGAUCUUCUUCUGUGAUAUUCCUUUCCCUGACGAGCGCUUUGAGGUGUCCGAGUGGCCCGAGAAGAAGGUCACGCCCGGAGGAAAGCUGCCUCUGCUGUGUAUCGAUGGCAAGCCCCUGUGGCAGUCCAUGGCCAUCGGCCGCUACGCCGCUAAGCUCGCUGGCCUGACCCUGGAUGAUCCCCUCGACGGUUGCUACUGCGACGCCUUCGUGAAAACCACCAAGGAACUGCUGAUGGAUAUGUACAUGAUCUUGUAAGUUUCCCUCGGGACUACACACUGGGGAAGGAAGGGCAGGAGGAACAGGAGGUGGAAGGUAGAGAAGUAGGAGGCAGGGGAGGAAAGGAUAAAGUUACACCACUCUGUCAGAGAAGUGUAAGUCAUAAUGACGUUCACCAUCACCAGCUUUAAAAACAAGAACAAGAACAAAACAGCAACAUCUACAAUAGCAAAAAUAACAACAACAACAACAACAAC